AUGUCUUCGAACGCAAUAUACUCCAUAUACCUAGCCUCCUGGCACAACUUUGUUUCAGAGCCGUCUUUGGUUUCAGAGAUAACUCACGUGUGCCUGGCCUUUGUGAGCCCGUCUUUGCUCAUCAGCCCGGAGCCCCCAUCCCCUUCAGCCUUGGACCCAUUCUUUACGAACACCAGCGCCAUCCGAUCCCAGUUCCCCAAAGACGUAAAGGUAUUAUGGGCUCUGGGAGGAUGGGGUGAUACGGAGUCAUUUGGAAUUGCGGCAAGAAAUGAAACGAGCCGCAAAUCAUUUGCGAAGAACAUCAAGUCUCUACUUCAUAUCACCAAUACAGAUGGAGUUGAUCUUGAUUGGGAAUAUCCAGGUGGCAAUGGUGAUGAUUAUAAGCAACCUGGAACUACAAACUCGGCUAAGACUUGGGAAGUUGACGCUUUCUCAAAGCUCGUUUCUGAACUUCGAUCUGCAAUUGGCCCCGAAAAGAUUCUCUCCGCUGCUGUCCCUGGCCUGCAUCGAGAUAUGAUGGCAUUUGGUCCUGACAAUAUUCGAAAACUUGUACAACAUAUAGAUUUCUUCAAUAUUAUGACCUAUGAUUUGAUGAACCGCAGAGACAACGUCACCGUACACCACGCUGGUAUUGAAGGAUCCCUUGAAGCGGUGGAUCGAUAUAUCAAAAAUGGUGUUCCUCCUCACAAAGCAAUCCUUGGGUUUGCUUUCUAUGCGAAGUGGUUCAAGAUCAUUCCACUCGAAGAACAUCAUGGACCCAUCCGCAGCCCAUUAGGUCUUCCUACUGUUCAAAUGGAAGAUCUCGACACGGGGGCCGAUCUGGGUAAGUCUGGAGCAUUUGUUUGGACGGAAAACCCUUCAACCUCAGUUGAGACAUCCUUCAAGCGAGCUAUGGCACUGGGACAGUACGACGAACGCCACAAGGGCCAUUACUUUCUCGACGAGGAUGAAAGUGUAUUUUGGUCAUGGGAGACACCGGAGGCAAUUGUUAGGAAGUUCAAGAUGGUAAUGGAACAGAAAGGCUUCGGUGGAGUGUUUGCGUGGGAAUUGGGUGGUGACUCAAGAGAUUGGAGUCAUCUCAAGGCCCUCAAUAAUGUUGUUAAAGAAGCAAAAUCAUCUGGAGAAAAAAAGUAUGAUUACACGGAACUUUGA